AUGCACAUAGUUGAAGGAUCAGUUGAACUCUUGGUUUUUACUGUCUGGAGGGCAGCUCACAAAGACCCAUCUCCCAGUUCCUGUGCCCACAAGGAUAUUAUUGUGAAGAAGGCACUGCCACCCCUCAUGGGUCACCUUGUCCUGCUGGUACAGCAGGGGAACAACUGGGUCAGACAAGUAGGGCAGCCUGUAAGAGGUGUAGAGAAGGACGCUUUUGUCCUGCAGUCUACAUUUGGGUCCUCAAUUUUUGUAACGACCUGUGAGGGAAGCACACAGCAAAGCUCAUCAGGUCCUGGUUUGCCCUGUGCUCGCGGGAGAUAUUGCCCUGCCGGCACCUUGACGGAAGUGAUAUGUCCUCAAGGCACCUUCACCCCUCACCAAGGGGCAAUAAGUGUGAAAGAUUGUCUCAAAUGCCCCGCUGGUUUUUACUGUCCUGAGGGAAGGAGCGACCCUGUGCCGUGUCCACCAGGCUCCUUUAACCCUUUAGAGGGUCAGGAUGAGGUGGCUGAUUGCAGAGAGUGCUAUGCAGGGAAGGCCUGCACACAGGUAGCUCUUAAAGCCCCUGAUGUGGACUGCAUGCAAGGGUUUGUGUGUCCUCCUGGUUCCUCUAAACCCAAUGAGCCUACCAACGCCUGUCCACCAGGAACAGUGAGCAACCGCACUGACCUCACCGACCGCUCACAGUGUCAGCAGUGCCCGGCACGAUACGCUUGUCUACGAGGAACUGGUGGUAUCCAGAGACCUCCACUCUCCUGCUUUGCGGGGCAUUACUGUCCCCCUGGAACAAUGUUCCCCACACAGUACAAAUGUCCUGUGGGGACAUGGAACAGUCGUAGUGGACUGAAGGCUGAAAGCGAGUGUCGACCGUGCCCUCAGAGCUGGUACUGUUUGGCUGGGUCUGGAGCCCCGUCAGGUCGCUGCAGCUCUGGACACUACUGUCCUGAAGGGACCGCAUAUGGCACCCAGUUUCCUUGCCCUGCAGGCACCUACAGCCUGAGAAUGGGUAACAGACACAGAGAUGACUGUCUGAUUUGUCCUGAAGGCUCAUUUUGUCAGCAAGGCACCUCCAAACCUUCACCAUGCCCACCCUCCACAUUUCGCCGUCUGAAAGGUGGCCAGAUGUUGGAGGACUGCUCUACUUGCCCCGCCGGAUAUUUUUGUCCCCUCUCAGCCACUGUCAACCCCAGAGUGUGCGGAGCUGGCAGCUACUCUGAUGAGGGCUCUGUGGAGUGUUCUCCAUGCCUGCAGGGCCAUUACUGCAGUAAUGAGACCACGAGUGAGGAAGCCAUGCUAAGUGUCAUGGUGUGCCCCGCAGGCUUUCUCUGCUCUCAAGGUUUGGCUCGGGACCCCCAACGUUCAGCCACCCUCUGCCCUCGAGGUUUCUACUGCCCUGGAGGGGGCAUUGAUCCCAACCCCAUUCCAUGUCCCAAUGGUACCUAUAGUGAAUUUCCAGGUCUCCGUGACAUAAGCGAGUGUGUCCAGUGUCCUGAGGGGAAGUACUGUUACUCUGAGCAGCCUGAAGAGCAGUCUCUCAUCAGACCUACGGGAAUAUGUCCUGAUGGGCAUUAUUGCCCCACAGGGACUGGCGACCCUUAUACCCACCCAUGCCAGACAGGCCGAUACAGGAACAACACACUUGGUCACAGUGGAGAAUCAUGUGUUUUAUGUCCAUCCAGGUAUUACUGUGCCAUAUUGGGAACUGGCACACCUUUAGUCUGCCCUGAGGGUUUUUACUGUCCAGAGGGUAUUUCUGCUCCAGAACCUUGUCCCGAAGGAACCUUCAGCUACCGCUCUGCUCUCAGUGAUAGGUCUGAGUGCUCCUCUUGUGGCGGAGGCCAGUACUGCACCGGUGUGGGACUCACCGAGCCUUCUGGAAGCUGCCGAGAGGGCUUCUACUGUAGAGGGGGAGCCACGUCUGCUACCCCAGUUGAUGGUCCGACAGGAGGUUUAUGUCCAGCAGGAAGUUACUGCCCCCUGGCUUCUGCCACUCCCCGCCCUUGUCCCCCUGGCACCUUCAGCAACAGCACUGGCCUCAUUGGACCUGAGGAGUGUGUCAGCUGUCCACCAGGUUUCUAUUGUUUAGGUUACAACAACACCUCACCCUCAGGCCCCUGUUUUCCUGGUUAUUACUGUACUGGUGGCUCAGCUUCACCCAUUCAGCAUGAAGUAGACAAGGGUUAUUUUACCUUGGAGGGAGCAUUUAGAGCACACCCAUGUCCUCUCGGCACUUUUCAAAUGCAGCGAGGCGCACAAUCAUGUAUGGCGUGUCGGGGGGGCAGACUGUGUAACCAGACAGGCUUGUUCCAGGCACCGCUUUGUCCCACAGGACAUUACUGUCCUCCAGGGUCCUCGGUUGCUCACCCCUGUCCACCAGGUUCUUACUCUGACCAGCCUGGUGGUGAUGCUGUGCAGCACUGUCGGCCGUGCGAGGCUGGUUGGUUCUGCAGCAGAGUCGGUCUCUCUGCUCCUCAGGGUCUCUGUGAUCCAGGACACUACUGCACCUCUGGAGCCACCACUGCCUCUCCGGUGGCUGUGGCCUUUGGUGGCAUGUGUCCUGCAGGCUACGUUUGCCCACAAGGGACCAAACACCCACAGCAGCAACCGUGCCCUGCAGGAACCUGGAGCAACACAGUGGGAGCCGAAAACCUGUCCUCCUGUAUGCCGUGUCCUCCGGGACACUACUGCAGCAGUACAGGACUAAAUAAGCCCACAGGAAUCUGUGAUGCUGGUAUGUGUAUCUGA